AUGGAGGACGUUCUCAACAAUUGUAUAGAAAACAAGGCUUUGGCAGAGGAACCUGAAGAAGAAGAGUCAACUAACGAAAUCGAAGCUGAAGAACAAAAAAUUAUUUCUCAUUCUGAAGAACCGGUUCAUGAUAUUGUUGGAACGCUGAUGGGUUACACUGGAGAAACAGUGGAGGAAGUUCUAGGUUUCUGCGAAAAACAUGCUAAUGCAAUUGGAUUUUCCAUAAGGAAAGGAAACACGAGAUUCAAAAUUGGGACAAGAAUCGUGCUUGAAAAGACAUUUCUUUGUUCAACAGCAGGAAUAACAAACAAUGGUAAGAACAAAAAGAAAAGAGAGGAAACAAUUGUUCUUGUUGUGCCCAAAAAAGAGAGAAAACCAAGGCAAGUUCCAAUCACAAUAACUGGAUGUAGGGCAUGCUUGAGGGUGAAAAUGAAUUCUGAAGGAAGAUAUGAAGUUGUUAAUCACGUGAUAAUUCAAAACCAUGACUUAACUAGAAGUCAAUGGCACUACUUGCAUAGAUCUGAAAGUUUCAGUAGUAAAAAUGUUAUUCUGUGUAAAAGUUAUUGUUUUGAUACUCAUGCUUGCGUUACUGCAAUCACCUUUCAAGAUGAAAAAAGUCUGUCAUCCACGGCUUCUUUUAAGUACAUGGCAAUUGAAGCUGGAGGAAGAAAAUUUAGGGCACUCGAAGAAAGACCAUCUAAAUUACUGGACAAGGUUAAAAAUGAAGCAAAUAUAAGGAGUUGGAAUAAACAACCACUGAAACAAUUGCAUGUUUGGUUGUGCAUUCAUAAUAUAGGAGAUGAAAAGAUUGAGUCGUUUGUGUGGCUUCUACAAACUUUCAAAAAGUCAAUGGGGGGAAAAAGUCCAAUAUCAAUCUUUACAGAUCAGGAUGCAGCAAUGAACAAUGCCAUCAAUCAGGUCUUUCCGGAUGCAAGACACGUAUUAUGUGUAUGGCAUUUGCAUCAGAAUGCUAUUACAAGAUUUGGGGCAUUGAAACGAUAUCCAACUUUUAAGAAGACAUUCAACUAUUGCUUGUAUAAGUGUGUCACAGAAGUUGAAUUUGAAACCAAUUGGAGAUCAAUGCUGCAAGCAUAUGAGCUGAUAGGGGAAGAAUGGUUUACAAAUGUAUACGAUUUGAGAGAAAAAUGGUGCCUUGCCUUAAGCAAAGACUUCUUUUCAGCUGGGAUUUUGUCUUCACAACGAAGUGAAAGCACUAAUCACGCCAUCGGAUUUAGAGCAAACACAACUACAAGUUUAACUGAUUUCUAUAGAUUGUUCAAAGGAACAAUACAACGCUGGAGAAGUGUAGAAAAGCAAGUUGAAUUCUCUUGUAGUAAAUCAGUUGCAUUCUUGGCUUUACCACUAUCUGGAUUGCUAAAACAUGCAUCAGAAGUUUACACGUUGUCGCUAUUGAGAGACUUUGAGGAGGAAUUUGGAUAUUCGAUUGCAACAACAGAAAAUUUAAUUUGGACACAAGGGGAUGCAGUCCAAGAGAAUUUUCAAGGAGCUCAAGGAGAAAGAUCCUCCUACUUCUCGGACUGA